AUGUCGUUUGUUUCACCUUCUAAUGAACUAAUAAUCGCUAUUCUAGCGGAACUAGAAGUCGAAGAUGUCAUCUCAGUCCUCGAAACCCAUCCCGAUCUCUAUCAACUUUGCUUCCAGUGUAUCUGCCAUCGAGAUCUGAAUCUAAGACCGUACUGCGAAUCUGGAAAUAUCUUCAGAGUGCGAUUGUUGCUGAAAGCAGGUGCGAGAGCUGAUCGUUGCUCGUCAUAUCAUUCCGGACUGGCUCUUUCCGAUGCCGCUGCAAAUGGACAUGAAGAAGUUGUGCAACUACUUCUCGACCACGGCGCCCGAAUGGAUCUUGACUUGAAUUACGAUUGUCGUCCGCUUCGAGUUGCCGCAAAGAAGGGAUACUUUACUAUCGUCAGACUGAUGCUUGAUUACGGGGUUGAUGUCAACAACACAAGCAUUUGUGGAUUCACUGCUCUUGAUGAAACCAUAAAAUUCAAGGGUAAUUACUCCAACUAUGAAGAAAGCCCCUGGGAAGUGCGUGGUCUGUGCUUGCAUAGGAACCGCCAAACGCCCUUUAGCUACUACGAGACUCUCAAGGUACUACUUGAAUCCGGGGCUGAUAUAGCCAAACUUCUCCUUGACCACGGUGCGGAUGUCAAUGCACGGAAUAGAAAAGGGAGAACACCAUUGCACCUUGCAGCAUCCAGUCCUACCCAAGGAGAAAUUCUCACUGGGAUGUAUCUCUCCUACAAAGCCAAUAUCAAUGCAGCUGAUGAUGAUGGAUUUACACCGCUCCAUCUAGCGGUCUCAAACCCAGCCUCAGUCGCCAAUACUCAAGUUAUAGAGCAGUUGUUGAUGUUCGGUGCCGAUGUCAAUGCAGGAAUAAGCAUGGGCUACACGCCUCUGCAUUCGGCAGUCGAUAAUUGCGCGGUAGCAAACGAAGUGGUCGAAUUGCUUUUUAGGUAUGGGGCAGAUAAGCUCGACACACCAUUGAAAAUGGCGAGAGAACGCGUUGGUAACGUGUCACCUUGGAGACAUUGA